ACUGACAGUAGCGUUUGCGUCAAUUCAGACCAGGAAAGGAAGAAACUAGCCAACGACGAAUAAAAGCCAAUCGCGGAGGGACACUCAGGAUCCAGAAUUACUAACGAGUGAGGUCGGAGUCCGAGUAUUUGUUCUUUUGGAUAUGGAAGAGGCAGAAAUGCUUUUGAACAGUUAGUCUCCAUUGCGGUCGUAUGAGAGAUGAAUGCAGGGUCGGGGCUCAUUCAAUCUGGAAUAGUUUGAGAACAUAAUUCCUGAGUGGAUUCGUUGUUCGCGCUCGCAUCGUUUCCGACCAUGUAUCAGUUGCAGUGUGAUUCACCAGCGCUCGGAGCUGUCUAAGUCAAUCCCCUUACACAUAGCGGCUGUACGAACGCAGCAGAUUAGUGGUUGAGUCAGCAUAAAUGAGACGAGGACAAUUGUGGAACGGACCAUUGGCAUGCAGAGAAACGCAAGAGACCCAGUGAAGUUUUCUACACACACGAAAACCACCUCAGUGCUGUAAAGCGAAGGAAGGAUGGGGAAGGACAAAAAGACGAGUGGAUUGCGAGAAGACGACAAGACGAGUCAGAUGUUCCUUGUAGAAUGUUGUCGUAACAACUUGCUGAAAGCCCUAUGCGAAAUGAUGUCGACCCCUGACAAGAUGAUCCGGCAGAAGUUCCUCGAAGCGCAGUACUACCAACAUCCUUCAAUUCCACUACCGAUCUAUCUUCUCUGGGUUGCUCAUUCUUCGGACUCGAGGUCCGUAUCGGAUUUCCUCAAGGACACAUUUCAGCACUGUAUGACUGAGCAAGAGCGCAAUGACCCUGGGAGUGCUAUCCUUUUACUGGCUAGUUCGACUGGUGAUGUGGAAGUAGCUGAGUUGCUACUCGAUGCAGAAGUGAGCCCGGAUUGCCAUGACGAGUUUGGCCGUUCAGCUCUCCACGUCGCAAGUCAGGAGGGCCAUUGCAGGUGUGUAUCGGUUUUGCUGGAGAAGGGCGCAGACAUCGACUUCUGUGAUAAGACUGGCCACACAGCAUUGCACUAUGCUUGCAAUGCUAAGAGGGAUGACAUCGUCAAGGUACUCUGUGAGGCCGGUGCCGAUCCCAAUCUCGCUGAUGUGAAUGGCUACACACCGUUGCAUCUUUCAAGCAUGAGGGGCAAUGCUGAAUGCAUCAAGGAUCUUCAUGCUGCUAAAGCCGACCUAGGCAAGACUAACGAGCGAGGCCGCACACCGCUACACUACACAUGCAUGAGAGGUUACGCCGACUGUACGAAGGUGCUGUGUAAGGCAAAGGCGAAUCUGGACUGCACUGACAAGUAUGAUAUGACACCGGUGGAUUACGUAGUGACACGGAAGAGAGGUGAUGCGAUGAUGACGCUGCAAAUCGUCUUGUCCUUCAUGGUCACAAUGCUGGAAGCAUUCACGUGCCUGUCUCUACUGGUCAAAGCCAGGGAAAUGAUGGAAGAAGAAGAGGAAAGUGCUGCAUUGCAGAAUACCAUUAUCAAAUGCAUUUCAAAGGUUCCUUACAAUGUGAAGGACGACAGCUUAUUCGUGCCGCUUUAUGCAUUAACAGAAGAGCAUUUCUGCCAGCUGUUGAGGGCUUCUCUAAGGAGAUACCAACUUCACCCGUUGUUACUGGAGGCCUUUAUGAGACGGCGCAUGAAGAGUCGUGUUCAUCACUCGCCAUUGGUAGUACGCCUGCUAGGUCCACCGGGCGGAGGGAAGACCUCGCUCGUCAUGUCACUACUGAGAAUUCGUACGAUCUGGAUGCGGAUUGUCAACUACUUCUCCGGAGACCAGGGGGACAGCAUAAUGACUGCCCGGACGAAGGGCAUCCAGCGCUCAAACUCACCGGAUGAGAGCAUCGUCUACCUGGAUUUAGGCGGUCAGUACCGCUACAUGGCAAGUCAUCAAUGGCUGACGGGCUACUCCGAUGUUCCGGUGCUGAACAUUCUCACCGUGUCCAGUGUGGCAUCCAAGGAGGAAGUGCGGCGGCAGCUACGCCAAUGGUGUGACUUCAUUGCCUGCCGUGUCAAGGCAGGCGUGGCCAACAAGAGUAAACUGCUCAUCGUUGCAACGAGGCGCGACAGCUCGACGAAAGCACAGCGGGAUGUCAUCUCGGCUGAAGUGAAGCUGCUCAAGAAAGUCCUCAAAGACCACUUUGAGUUUCAAGGUCCGUCUGUGCUCUUCGUGAACGCUAUCGAUCAGGAAUGCUUCGGCGUGGCAAAUCUAAGAGAAGCCAUCAGCAAAGUAAAGGAUGAAGUCACACAGGGCAUGCAGGGUGAUGUGCCAUUUGCCGAGUACUACCUUGAUAAUGUGCGAUCACAGGCAAACCAGGCUCUGACUGUCAGCAAGUCUGAGUUCACCAAGUGCCUAGUGAAGGCCAUCCUCAGCCCAGACUUUGUUCUGGACAGUAGAUCAGUGCAACUUGCCAUAUCCUCAAUGCAGCGCAUCAUUGAUAUCGAGAAGAGUCUUUACGAUCUUCAUAAAACAGCCAAGCUAUUCUAUUUCCCGCGGACACAGUCUGGCGUGGCAAAGCCUCGUGACAUCGAUGAUGGACUUGUGGUGCUUGAACCCGUCUGGUUAAUGUCAGAUAUCACGAAAAAGCUUUACUCUCCGCCCGAUUAUCUACCUCUUUUCAUCACGUGCAACGAGGUGGGAUUCGCGAAGCGUGACGAAGUGGAGCAAGUACUUGGCCAUGAUUCCCUGAUAUCCGGCCGCGAAGCCCUCAACAUUGCCCACAAGCUCGGAAUGUGCCACAUAACCGACGACGGGGUGCAGGUGAUGAUUAUGCCGGCGCAAGCUGAAAACCGUGCCUAG